GUGUAAUGGCUGGAAAAUUCAAAACUGGAGGUAGUAAAAAUAGAGUUGACAAUCAAACAAUGCAUAGAGAACGUGCGGCUCGGUCAUUACAUAUAAAUAUCGAGGGGACCGGAGAGCAUCAACUCCAAACAGAACCGAACAUAACAAAUUCUCCAAUAGAGCAAACAUUGAUGGAUGCCCAUAACGUACCAAAUAGUAGUAGUGCUGCUUCAUGUUCUGAGAGAAAAAGGACACGAGGCAAAACUAUAGGGCUAAAGUGGGCGAAAAAGAGAAAAGAAGAAAAGGCAAAACCUGCAAUUGAGAUACCUGAAGACCUAAGACGAGUAGUGGGUACAAAUUCCCAACAAUUCAUUACUGAGACAGCUCAAAUUAUUAGACAGAAUGCUCCUCUGAAUGUCGAAAAAUGGAGCAAAAUGCCUCCACACAUCAUUGAUAGGAUGGUGAAAGUUGUCAAUGAAAAAUUCACGCUUCCUAAGGAUCUUCAUGUGCUUGGAGUCAUAGUGCGCCAACUUCGAAGCCAUUUCAAUAGUUGGCGUUAUGAUUUGCAUAGGUUUCACUAUAAGAAGUACAAGACAGAUGAACAAAGGCGUGCACACUGUCCUGCUGACAUUGAUCCGGAUCAUUGGAAUUGGCUAAUAGACUAUUGGAGUAACCCACAGUUUAAGAGGAUUAGCGAGGCGAACAAAGCAAAUAGGUCUAAACAAACAAUGGUUGCUCGAGUGGGAACAAAAUCUAUUGCAAGAAAUUUAAUUGAAAUGAGAAAAGAAGUAGAAAAGAAUAUGGAAGAAGAUAAUGAAGCACCUGAAGAACCUGAAUACAUGAGGUUAUGGGGCAAGGUUAGGAAAAAAAAAGAUGGCACAUGGGUUGAUACAGAUGCUGCAGACAAGUAUAUUGAAAUGCAAACUCUUCAUGAGACUCAAUUAAGAGAGAAAGGAGAGGACAUUCUUACAACUCGGGAAGCCUAUACUAUAGUACUUAAACAUAGGUCUGGAUAUGUUAGGGGUAUGGGUCCAGGUCCAGAGCCUUUGGAGAGAGGAGGAGUUAGAGGACAACGACUUCGUGAGCAAAUACGGGAAGAUAUAGAAGCUGAAAUGACAGUUCGAAUUCAAGCAGAAGUAGAAGCUCGAAUGGCAGAAAAGGAGGCUGAGGUACAAGCCCGAAUAGCACAACGUGAGGCCGACGCAGAAGCAAGACUAACACAAAGAGAAGCUCGCUUAGAGCAUAUGGAGUCUCAAAUGCAAGCCAUGAUGCAGCAUUUAGCACAAAUGGGAAUGCCUAUACCGAUGCAAUCAACAUCUACUGAAAAAUGAAUGCGCAAGACAAAUCGACUUUUGGAGAAUAUUUUAAUUGUGCAGGAAUAGGCAAGACAAAUCGACUUUUGCAGGAUUAAGUUUCUUCGGGUCCAUUUCUUUUUGUUUAGAAAUUUCGAAAUGGGCAUGACUAGAAAACUGUUUAUUUUAAAGAUGCAUAUGACAUCGAUCUUUAUGUUUUGAGAGUUAUUACUUCAUGUGAAUUUGUUAUAACAUAUAUUUGAUCUUAUGGUUGUUGGAGAAAUGUUUGGUACAAACUGUUAUAUUUUGGAUAUGUACAAUGCAUUUUUCAUGUAUGGUUUAGAAUCUAGCAA